AUGGAGCGGAUGGAGGAUGAUAAGCCCAAGCAGAAGAAAGUCACCUUCUACCUGCUGUACUGCGUGUCCACUGCAGUCAUCGGCUCGCUGCAGUUUGGGUACAACACCGGGGUCAUCAAUGCACCCGAACAGAAACUGCGUCAAUUUUUCUACAAUGUGUCUCUGGAACGCUUCGACAAUCCCUUCACCCCGGGAAUCACCACAAUUGUGUGGAGUUUUGCCGUGGCCAUCUUCAGCGUCGGCGGCAUGCUGGGCUCCUUCAGCGUGGGUGUCGUCGUCAACAAGUUCGGCAGGAGGAAGUCUAUGCUUCUGGCCAACGUGUUGGCCCUGGUGGGUGGCGGUCUGAUGGGACUGUCCAGCCUGAGUCGCUCCUUCGAGAUGGUUAUCGUCGGACGGUUGAUCAUCGGCAUCUUCUGCGGUUUGUGUACGGGACUGACGCCAAUGUACGUUGGGGAGAUUGCCCCCACGGCUCUUCGGGGAGCUUUCGGGACCUUGCACCAACUUGGCGUGGUGAUUGGAAUCCUGGUGGCGCAGAUCUUUGGUUUGGAGUCUCUUCUGGGCUCGGAUACUCUAUGGCCCAUCCUCCUCGCCCUGACUGCUCUGCCUGCAAUCCUGCAAAGCAUCAUGCUACCCUUUUGCCCCGAAAGCCCCCGAUACCUCCUCAUUGUCCUCAAUCAGGAGGACGAAGCCAGGAAAGCUCUGGUACGUCUCCGUGGCUGUGAGGAUGUGAGUGAAGAUAUCAAUGAGAUGAAGGAAGAAGGGAUGAAGAUGGCCAUGGAGAAGAAAGUUACCAUCUUGGAGCUCUUCCGCGCUCGCAACUACCGCCAGCCUAUCAUUAUCGCUAUUGUGCUGCAGUUGUCUCAGCAGCUGUCGGGCAUCAACGCCGUAUUUUACUACUCCACGGGUAUCUUUAAAACAGCUGGGGUAACUCAACCCAUCUACGCCACUAUUGGUGCCGGAGUGGUCAACACUGUGUUCACUGUCGUAUCCCUCUUCCUGGUUGAAAAGGCAGGCCGAAGGACGUUACACCUGAUAGGAUUGGGUGGAAUGGCCAUUUCUGCUCUCGUUAUGACCAUCUCCCUCUCUCUGGUGAAAUCAACCCCGUCUCUGAGCUACUUGGCCAUCGUGGCAGUGUUUGCCUUCGUUGCCAGUUUUGAGAUGGGCCCCGGUCCGAUCCCUUGGUUCAUCGUGGCCGAGCUGUUCUCCCAGGGGCCUCGACCAGCCGCCAUGGCCGUUUCGGGUUUCUCCAACUGGACCGCCAACUUCAUCGUUGGCCUCAGUUUCCCUAAACUGGAGGAAGUCUGCGGUCCUUAUGUGUUCAUUAUCUUCAUGAUAUUGCUCAUCAUCUUUUUCAUCUUCACCUUCCUGCGAGUCCCCGAGACCAAAGGAAGGACCUUUGACGACAUCGCUCAAGCGUUCGCCGCCAACGCCGCCAAGUCCUCCGGCUCCCCCUUGCCCGAAGCGGCGGUGGUGGACCUGCCCGGCAGCAAAGAACCUCAACCCAUGUCCCCGUCGGAAAAAGUCCCCAUGGUGGAUCUUCCUGAGGACCAUCCGUGA